GGAGUACCACAAUGAUGAGUGAAUCUCCGCACUGCAAAGGGCAGAUGGAAGUUAGAGUAAUAUUGAUUCCGCGUAAGACUGCCCGAGGCGAAUCUUGUGAACGAAGAUUGAGUUGCGGAGACGUAUCAGACAGGAAACGAACAGACAGGACGCAAAAGAAGGAGAGAAGCAAACUCGACAGCUAAAUCACGUAUGCAUGUAUACGUGGAGACGAAGACGAUCAGUAGUUUCGCUCAGAUUGAACACGUGGACUACGAAGUCAGACGGAAAUCUACAUCGUCGAGAAAUUAUGGAUGCCGAUUGCUACAUCGAUCCAGCAAUUUCACGGAGACCGCCAAUUUCCACGUGAUCUUCGACCCUACUACCGUCGGUCAAAUAUUAAUUAACUUUAAGCUACGAAGACCCGCGAGAUUCGAGACUUGCGCGAGCAGAGGUCCUUCGGGAGUUGCCUUGAAAGUGUACUUAAACAGUUAGCGAUCCAAACGUUUACGAGGAGAACGUGAUUGUACUGGAUAAAAGAGGAACGAGGACAGAUAUAUAGAGAGACAGAUUUGUCUCAGGGGAGUCCGCAACAUCAGAGACGCCAUGAAUCAGAGUAACCACGAAUCGCGUUCCUUUGUUGGACUUCCGACCUUCUGAGAUCACAGAAAACCACGUAGGAGGAGGAUCUUGGUUAAUCUUACUAAUCUUCGGCGCUUGCCCCGACCUCGAACGACGAAACGGUAGAACGACCGGUUGAAAACCACGGUCUAACGAUAUUACAGAUCCCCCAAUCAGCGGAAGGAGCGGAUAAAGGACGCUUUCAUUGGGCCGUUUGAAACCGACCUAAAAUCUUUUCAAGUUUGCCAAGACACCGAGGAAAUCUCUAACAGUAUCCACGUGCUCGUAAUCGAGUAUCUAAUUAUUCACAAUGCACUAUGAUCCUUUUACCGAGGUUUACCUGAAAAAUAUUCAAGAAAGUGAAUGAUCAACGAAGAAGAGGAGCUCUGAAAAACAUUUACAUUAACAAUUCCUGCAUUACAGUUAAUAUUACUAAAUGAAUAAAAAAUCUAUCAAACAGCCAAUCCAUUUUUCGUAUUAAAAAUUCUCACGAAAUAAAUUCGUAUGAGAAUCAUCGAAACAAAUUUUUCCACGCAAUCAUGUCGGAUGCACGAGGAAUUGUUUUAUCUGGCACCGAAUUGGCGAAGGAAAUUCGCGAAAAUUUAACAAAGAAUGUAAAAGCACUGAAGGAAAAAUUACCGAAUUUUGUACCUGCUUUAGCGAUCGUUCAAGUAGGAAGCCGAGAAGACUCAAAUGUUUAUAUAAGAAUGAAAAUAAAAGCUGCAAACGAUAUUGGAAUUACUGCGAAUCACAUUAAAUUGCCAAAUACUACAACAGAGAUAGAAUUAAUAAACAAAGUGAACAAAUUAAACAAUGAUCCAAAUGUACACGGAAUUAUAGUUCAAAUGCCACUUGAUAGUGUCAAUGAAAUCAAUUCCCAUUUGAUUACCGAUUUAGUAUCACCUGAAAAGGAUGUGGAUGGAUUAAAUACAAUCAAUGAAGGAAAAAUAGCCACUGGAGACAUGUCAGGAUUUUUACCAUCCACUCCAAAUGGAUGCAUUGAACUUAUUAAAAAAAGCGGCGUACCGAUUGCUGGGGCUGAAGCUGUAGUUUUGGGGAGAAGUAAAAUCGUCGGCACACCUGUAUCUGAACUGUUAAAAUGGCAUAACGCAACUGUAACGGUAUGCCAUUCAAAAACACAGAAUCUUCCAGAAAUUGUCUCUCAUGCUGACAUCUUAGUGGUUGCUAUUGGACAACCCCACAUGGUUAAAGGAAACUGGAUCAAACCUGGUGCAGUUGUAAUAGACUGUGGGAUCAAUUCCAUUCCAGAUUCUACAAAGAAAGCUGGACAACGUUUGGUAGGCGAUGUCGAUUAUGAGGAAGCUGCAAAAAUUGCCUCAUAUAUUACACCUGUACCGGGAGGCGUUGGUCCAAUGACCGUAGCUAUGCUAAUGAAAAACACAAUAAUAUCUGCACAAAGAGCAGCAGAGAAAAUGUUAAAUAGAAAAUGGAAAAUAAGAGUUUUAGAAAUCAAUCCGCAGAAACCGGUACCCAAUGACAUAACAAUUUCAAGGAGUCAAGAACCUAAACCAAUUACAAAAUUGGCCGAAGAAAUUGGUUUGCUUCCUAAUGAAGUCAGCCCAUAUGGAAGUACAAAAGCAAAGAUUAGCUUGAAUGUUUUAAAACGUUUAGAACAUCAACCAAAUGGAAAACUUAUAGUGGUUGCCGGCAUCACUCCAACGCCUUUUGGUGAAGGUAAAAGUACGACAUCGUUAGGUUUGGUACAAGCGCUAACAGCGCAUAGAGGAAAGAACUCAUUUGUUACUUUACGACAACCUAGUCAGGGACCUACCUUUGGAGUAAAAGGUGGAGCUGCAGGUGGUGGAUACUCGCAGGUCAUUCCUAUGGAAGAAUUUAAUUUACAUUUAACUGGUGACAUCCAUGCUAUAACUGCAGCUAAUAAUCUGUUAGCAGCACAAAUUGAUACUCGAUAUUUCCAUGAAUCUACACAAACCGAUCAGGCUCUGUAUGAUCGUCUUGUACCAACUAUUAAAAAUGAAAGGAAAUUUUCAAAAAUACAAUUGAGACGUUUAGAAAGAUUAGGUAUCACCAAGACGGACCCAAAUAGUUUAACAGAAGAAGAAAGAAGAAAAUUUGCAAGAUUGGAUAUCGAUCCCCAAAAUAUUAGUUGGACACGAGUAAUCGAUAUAAAUGAUCGAUUUUUGCGCAAAAUCACCAUCGGUCAAAGUCCAACCGAGAAAGACAAAACGCGACAAACAUCAUUUCGCAUUUCUGUUAGUUCGGAAAUAAUGGCGAUACUUGCAUUGUCUACUAGUGUUGAUGACAUGAAGGAAAGACUCAGCAACAUAGUAGUCGCUUUCAAUAAGAAUGGAGAACCCUUAACUGCUGAAGAUUUUGGUAUGACUGGAGCUAUGGCAAUUUUAUUAAAAGAUGCAAUUGAGCCAACACUUAUGCAAUCGUUAGAAGGAACGCCAGUAAUGGUUCAUGCUGGACCGUUCGCAAAUAUCGCGCAUGGUUGUUCCUCCAUAAUAGCAGAUGCAAUUGCGUUGAAAUUAGUUGGACCAGAAGGUAUUGUAAUAACCGAAGCUGGAUUUGGUAGUGAUAUCGGUAUGGAAAAAUUCUUUGACAUUAAAUGUCGAACAUCUGGUCAUAUACCAAACGCUGUUGUACUCGUUGCAACUGUUAGAGCAUUAAAAAUGCAUGGUGGCGGACCCCCAGUAACAACUGGCGCACCAUUGAAAAAAGAAUAUCUCGAGGAAAAUCUUGAUUUAGUUAGAAAAGGUCUCCCAAAUCUUCAAAAACACAUUAAUAAUGGAAUCAAAUUUGGCGUUCCAGUUAUUGUUGCUAUUAACGUUCACGCUACUGAUAGUCAAGCUGAAUUAGAAUUGAUAAAACAAACUGCAAUCGAAUGUGGUGCAACGGAUGCAGUAGUAUGUAACCACUGGGCAGAGGGUGGUGCUGGCGCUGCAGAGCUUGCAGAUGCAGUUAUAACAAUUACAAAUAAACUAAGUAAUUUCAGAGUACUAUAUGAUCUUAAUAUUGGUAUUGAAGAAAAACUAAAUAUUAUUGCUAAAGAAAUGUACGGAGCUGGACAAGUUGUCUUUGCAGACAAGGUGCAGGAAAAAAUUGAAAAGUACAAUAAAUUGGGCUAUGAUAAAUUACCAAUUUGCAUGGCAAAGACAUCAAACUCCUUGACAGGUGAUCCAGCAAUUAAGGGGGCACCUAUAGGUUUCACGCUGAAUAUUACUGAUAUAUUCGUAUCUAAAGGAGCGCGCUUUAUAGUUCCUAUGGUUGGAGAAAUAAUGAUGAUGCCAGGUCUUUCUACAAGACCAAACAUUUAUGACAUGGACUGGAAUAGUGAAACAAACGAAAUAGAAGGUUUAUUUUAA